GAGUGUUUGGGAGCGCCAGGGAGGCUGACCGUGCCGCUGGAUUCCACCAGGUGAACCGAAAGUGAUAAAACCUAUCCAUAUACCCUUAUUAUAAGGUGCAGAAUAUUAGAUAUUCCCCCUGAUAUUUAUGUUAAGUGUUUGGUCCAUUUCCUCUCUAAGCCACACCCUUUUCCUAGGUCUCUUACUCCCCUAGCCGCACGUGCUGUAGGCCCCUAGCAGAAACUCUUGUGAAAAGUAGCAGGCUUAGCCCCUUUAUUCUCUACCUAACACUUCUAGCGUUCUUAUUCAUUCCAUUUCAUUGCAGACCAAUUUAUUUGGUGUUUUGUUUUCACGGUGCUCUUUCCUAUCUUCACCUUUUUGCAUGCUGUUGUGAUUCUGUUUCUUGCAGUUCACUGAGAGACCCCAAGGAGAGCUAAGUAGUAGAGCGACAACCGAGCAGCCGGUGUCACCAGGUGACCCAGGAGGCUAUCCCCUGUCAAGUCUCUAUUUUGGGCCGACCCUAAUUGGACCCGCCUCCCUGUCUAACUGUCAGAACAGAAAGAGGAAACACACUCCACAGAGUUUCCCCUGGCCAGUGAACCCCAGCGUGUCAGCCAAGAACUUCGAGCUGAAAAAGGGGGUGAAAGCCUGCUUUUCAAAAUGUCACCAGCCAGCCUCCACGAACCCCUGUCAGCAGUGGGGGAAGGAAAACCCUUCCAGAAAGUCCGGGUCACCAGCCACGGACACAUUACUCCAAAAGAACUGGACAAGCUGGCUAGAAACAUCCCUACGUUCAUCCCAGAUCCUGCAGGAGGCCACGACAUUCACGCUUAUUUACAAGAUAUAGACUUUCACUUGCAAACUGUCACCAACGUAACCACUUGGGACAAAUUGUACCUGCUCAGGAUUACGUCCAGUCGUGAGGUACGCAGUUUCUUAGACCGUCAACCAGAGACUGUCAAAAUGGACUACCAGCAACUGCGAAAAGCUUUGGUGCGUGAAUUCUCUGAUCCAGAAUCAGACCAAGGGCUAGUAACCGCAAUGGACCUCAAGCAAGGUCGACUUGAAACCCCACCAAAUUUCUACAACCGACUGCGACGUGCCUACUUCGGAGCAAGGAAUGAACCAGGCAUGGAGGAGGACGUCAACUUCCGAACUUUGUUUCUGCGAAACCUCCAUCCUACUGUCAGCCACCAUUUGGGAGUGUUAGCGUGCCCGCGUAGCAUGUCAACGCAACAGUUACGUGAUUUAGCACAUAAGGCCUACACCAAACAAAAGACUGUGUCAGAAAAGACUGUAAAACCCCCAACUAUUUGCUCUGUCUCUGAGUCCUAUUCAGAGUUGACCCUAGAGGGCGCCCAACAGCACCCCAGUUAUACACCCAUCAACCGAGAGUCAAGACCGUUCCAAGCCAGCAGAGGGCAGCACGGUCGCGGUGGUGGUGCCCGUCCGAAGCACCAGAACGACCGCUCUGGAAUAUCCUGGGACCGGCCUCACCCCUCCCAUAACCAAAACGGGGGGGCCACCUGGGAAGCCGGCCGGAGACCCAGAAAUAGCCAACCUCCAGCCUCCAGAACAUCAAGCCCAGGGAGGCGGGAGGGGGAACACUCUCGACGUGAUGCUUGGAAACUCAAGGCUGAGCCCACAUCUGACAAGGAAAGUGCAGCCACAUCCGAAGCUGCAGAACUUCUGAGAAUACUGAGAGAGUUCCUUCAAAAGAAACCUCACAAGGAGGACAAGAAGGAUAAACCAGACACCGCAUGACUAAACCUUAUGCUUGAAACCAGCACCACUCCCGACGUCUCCACAACUGAACCAAGCACACAGAACACUGUGUUUCAACCACAAACUAUUGAACUACCUGUUGCAUCAACAAACAAUAGCAACACCCACUCAAUCCAGCUGACGUCUGCACUUCCUGACCAAGAAAGCAUCAUCCCACACCCUGAGGUGCCAGAAAGUGCUGUUUUGGUUAUCUGUACCCACAACGAAACACACAAAACAUACCCUAACUGCUUAUCGAUCAACACACAAGCCCCAACACCAAAACUCCUGGGGAACCUGAUCGAGAAGGGAGUGGCUCGGAAACUCUACCUAACCAUCACUUUAGAAAAGGAAAUGAGACUCGAAGCCCUUGUGGACACAGGCUCAGAUUUGAUAAGCUCAAAUUUGAAGCUCAGAGACAGAAUCGAACUCUAAAUUUUCACACUUGCAAGCUGAAUGUGCAGUCAUACAGCCAAAAUGACAUCCAGCUCAGAAAUGUAGCUCCCAUCCACCUGACGAUCGGACCUAUGAGCCUAGUACAUUACACCUAUUUAUGUCUCACCAAUGAACAAUUAAUCAUUUCUCAUCGGGAAAGACCUGCUUGAUCGCUUUGAGCCUUUACUAGAUUUCAAACAGCUGAAAGUCUGGGCUCAAGUGCGAGAACCUCUUCCCCUCCAGCCACACGGGUCGCCGGUGCCAGACGGUCAGGUCACAGAGGUCACGGGAACCCCAGCAGCCAGCCAUAGGUAUCCAGCCUCAACAACAAACCAAGGCUCAAGUUCGAUCCUCUGUACCUUCAAGGCCACUAAAGACUCUGAUACCUACUGCCCCAAGGUCAAAACCGAACUGCAGCUGCAUGAUAUAACAACAACGGACAGUAUUCUGGCCAUAUGGGCAGACAACUCAGCCAUUAGUCUGUCACUAUACAAUGCAAUCACUGAGAAGACACCCGACCUCCCUUAUGCCAGCAAGCGCACUCGUUUCCCUUUGAACUCACACCCAUCCUCAAUGGUGUCUGCUAGAGGAAUCUGCGCUUUGCAUGUGAAAUGGAAUUACCGGUGCCUGACUCAUUAUUUCCUGGUCUUUCCGGACUUGCCCCACGAUGUUUACAUUGGAGCAGAUCUCUUGAUUCGCCUCAAGGCUCAUGUGGACACUUUUGUAUGGGCCCCAUUGACUUUGCAGCCACACGUUUCCAUCAACCAUGACAAACUCAUAUCAGGGCAGACCAUCCCAGAAGUCUGCACUUUAGUCAACGAACAGGAAACCGUGGUACCAGCUUACACCAAAGGGGUCGC